AUGGAGACAAGGCGACUACUAUCAGUUACGCCGAAAGAUGGGAUCACGAGAGUGCGCUUUGCACCAGACAAGCCGCUUUUGGCAGUUAGCUCAUGGGAUGAAAAUGUAUACGUCUACAACACGGCGGAGAAGGAUCCUGACCGCACCUUCAUCGCAAGCCUUCCUCUGCACAACAAGCCAAUAUUCUCCGUGGACUGGGUUAGUGACGCAACGAUAGUUUCCGGAGGUGCUGAUGGCAAUGUCCUCACUACCUCUGUCGGAAAGCGUGCUACUUCACUAGUGGGAAGGCAUGCAGCUCCUGUUCGGGAGGUGUGCGUUCUUCCCAGUAAUCGUAAUAUUGUGAUAAGUGGAUCAUGGGAUAGCCAUGUGGCUGCUUGGGAUAUCCGGACAGCAGCACCCAUCCCUUCAACGCAUGAAAUCGCUCGCAUCGGGUCCCCGCCUCCACUCAGUAAAAUAGCAGCUGGGGGCAAGAUCUUCUGCAUGGACGUGCGAGGUUCCCGUGUCCUGUUAGGGCUGUCCUCUAGGACUGUACAGAUGUGGGACUGUCUCCCAACCAACGACCUUGGUAGUAGCCCUCUCUUCAAACAGGUACUAGUUCGAGAGUCUCCCCUGAGACACCAAACACGCUCAGUAGCCAUCGUUUCCGAUAUCGGUAAUCAGUUUUGCCUUGGCAGCCUCGAGGGACGGAUUGCUGUUGACAACGUUGCAGGACCCGAUCGCUAUGCUUUCCGCUGUCACAGACAUCAAGACCCGCAAGCCAAUGUCUUCGUCUCGUACCCAAUUAAUGCGAUCAAAUGGUGCGGAUGGCGAAACGCUCUAUUCACUGGGGGAUCCGAUGGAGACCUGUAUCUUUGGAAUUUGCAAAGCCGCAAGCGCUUGUUUCGACUCUGUGAGAGUUCGGGAAUUGCGUCGAUAGACAUAAGCUCCCAGGAACACGACACGAUAGCGCUGGGACUAUCCUACACAUGGGAGAAUGGAUGGGAUUUUUCGCGGAAAAACGCCACGUCUGCGCUCCACGAUACAAAAAUAGUAUGCUAUAGUGUCAGCGAGUUCUUUCCCAAGGAUGAUAAGGCCCAAGAGGGCCAUCAAUGA